UCUCACUGACGUCAACGUUCUGUUGUGGGCCCCGUGGCUCCUAUGCCCGGUGUCCCCCUCACCUCACACUCAGAGCUGCGACAGUUCAUGUGCAGCAGCAGCAGCAGCAAGCUCAGCUCCUGCAAUUCGCAUCACUGCCGGGACCGCCGCGCGAGCGCCGUCUCACUCGCCCUGCCUCGCACGCCCCUCUCAGCUCGCGGUGCGCCGUCUCCUCCGGCGAUGAAACUCCACGCGUCCCGAGCGUGCGCGCCCAAAGUCGCGACGCCGUUGCCGCCGUCGCCGCCGCUGGUGCUGUUGCUGCUGCUGCUGCUGCUUGGAGUCACCGGUUGCUGGGGCCAGGGAGAGGCGGACAACAGCGAGGGCGACGGGAGCACGCCGGGGGUUGACGCGGCCGAGCCCGCCGUGAAGGUCCGGCUCGCCGGACCGACCCGGCGCUUCUUCGAGGGGCGCGUCGAGGUCUACUUCAACGGCGAGUGGGGCACGGUGUGCGACGACGACUUCAACCUGCAGUCGGCCAACGUGGUGUGCCGCGAGCUGGGCUUCACCGGGGCCAACACGUGGGCCCACAGCGCCAAGUUCGGCCAGGGCUCAGGACCAAUUCUGUUGGACAACAUUUACUGCAAUGGAGAAGAGAGAUCACUAAUCCAGUGCCAGUCCAAUGGCUGGGGAGUCCACGACUGCAAGCACUCGGAGGACGUGAGCGUCAUUUGUCUGGAAAAGAGGCUGCCAGGAUUCGAGGGCCACGAGGACAUCAGCAACUUCGUCGAGAUGCUGCCGAGCGAGAGGCUCUUCACGGAGGUACGCCUCAAGCCCGUGCUGAGGAAGGGGGCGAAGCGGGUGCCAGUCACCGAGGGCGUGGUGGAGGUGAAGCACGGUGGGCGGUGGAGCCGCGUGUGUGACGCCGGCUGGGCCGAGGAGGAGGCGCGCGUCGUGUGCGGCAUGCUGGGCUUCCCGAGCCACCGCGUCUUCGACGCGCAGCCCUACCGAGCACACCUGAAGAAGAGGACGCACGGCUACUGGAUGCGGGACGUGAACUGCACGGGGAACGAGGUGCACCUGGCCACGUGCCGCUUCCGCACGGUGCCGGCGCGGAACAACGUGACGGGCUGCCGGGACGGAGGCCCCGCCGUCGUCAGCUGUGUGCCGGGACCCGGAUACGCGCACAGCCACAACUCGGGCUUCAGGAAGGCCUACCGCAGCGAGCAACCGCUCGUGAGGCUGAAGGGCGGCGCGCAGAUGGGCGAGGGCCGCGUGGAGGUGCUCAAGAACGGCGAGUGGGGCACGGUGUGCGACGAGCGCUGGAACCUGGUGGCUUCGAGCGUCGUGUGCCGCGAGCUGGGAUUCGGAGCCGCACAGGAGGCAGUGCCCGGCGCGCGCUUCGGACAAGGCACGGGCCCGGUGCACAUGACGCAGGUGGCGUGCAAGGGCGCGGAGAAGUCCCUCACUGACUGCAAGUUCAGCGAGGUCGGGGGCAACUCGUGCAGCCACCGCGAGGACGCGGCGGUGCGCUGCCACGUGCCGGCCAUGGGCUUCGAGACACGGAUCCGCCUGACGGGCGGGCGCAACGAGCGUGAGGGCAGGGUGGAGGUGCUAGUGGAUAAGGGCAAUGGGAAGCACAAGUGGGGAUACAUCUGCAGCGAGGACUGGAGGACCCUGGAGGCCACGGUGGUGUGUCGGCAGCUCGGCCUGGGUUUCGCAGCCCAGGCUAUGGAAAUCCGCUUAACGGGCGGACGCAACGAGUGGGAGGGCCGGCUCGAGGUGAGGCGAUCCAAAAGGUGGGGCACAGUUUGCGGCGACGGGUGGACGACGCUGGAGGCCAUGGUGGCCUGUCGUCAGCUGGGCCUGGGCUUUGCUGUGCAUGCGCUCACGGAGACGUGGUACUUCCAGGGCGACAGCGGCGUGGAGGAGGUGCUCAUGAGCGGCGUGCAGUGCUCGGGAACCGAGAUGUCGUUGGCCCACUGCCGCCACCACGGCAGCCGCGUCAAAUGCAAGAGAGGGGGUGGCCGCUAUGCCGCCGGCGUCGUCUGCACCGAGAGCGCCCCGGACCUGGUGCUGAACUCGCGCAUCGUGCAGGAGUCGGCCUACCUGGAGGACCGCCCGCUGCACCUGCUGUACUGCGCCGCCGAGGAGAACUGCCUGUCGGCGAGCGCCUCUGCCAUGAACUGGCCGUACGGCUCGCGGCGCCUCCUGCGCUUCUCCUCGCAGAUCCACAACGUCGGGCGCACCGACUUCAGGCCCAAGGCCGGCAGCCACGCGUGGGUCUGGCAUCAGUGCCACAGGCAUUACCACAGCAUGGAGGUGUUCACCCACUACGACUUGCUCACGCUCAACGGCACGAAGGUGGCGGAGGGACACAAAGCCAGCUUCUGCCUGGAGGACACGUCGUGCGAGCCAGGUGUUCAGAAGCGCUACGAGUGUGCGAACUUUGGAGAUCAGGGAAUUGCAGUCGGCUGCCAAGACAUCUACCGUCAUGACAUCGACUGCCAGUGGGUCGACGUGACGGAUGUGGCACCGGGAGACUACAUCUUCCAAGUUGUCAUAAACCCCAACUACGAGGUCUCAGAAACUGACUUCACCAACAACGCCAUGAAAUGCAACUGCAAAUUCGACGGACACCGCGUGUGGAUGUACAACUGUCACAAUGGCGAUGCCUUCAGUGCGGAAGUGGAGAAGCUGUUUGACCUGUAUCCGGGAGAAAACAACCUCAUCUCAUAACGCCGCUCCACGACCGUCAACAGAACCGUGGUCUUUAAGCCACGCAACAACUAACCCCCCCACCCCUA